UUUUCCUUCUAAAAGGAAGAAACCUGCAACGAAGAAAGGAAAGAAACCUCUUUUUUCGUCAUUCGAAGAACAUCACAAACGUAAAGUAGAUCUUGAUUCUCUCAUUCGUCUUAUAUCCGAAGCCUCCUUCAUGUUCAAUUCUCAGAGAAAUCUCCCCUCUUCUUCGCCAUUUCACGAUGGGCUGUUCACAAUCCAAGAUCGAGAACGAGGAGGUGGUUUCCCGAUGUAAGGAUCGAAAAUUGUUUAUGAAAGAUGCCGUCGCCGCCCGGAAUGCCUUCGCGGCGGCGCAUUCUUCCUAUGCUAUGUCGCUCAAGAACACCGGUGCCGUUUUGAGCGAUUACGCGCAUGGAGAGGGCCCGGCUCCCGUGCCUGCUGCAGCCGUUGUUCAAUCGGCGGCGUCGGCGGCAGCGUCGGCGUCUUAUAAUAGCCUGCCUCCGCCGCCGCCGCCGCUUCCCGGUUCUCCUAGCACGCAGCUCCAGCACGCGACGAGUAUGUUCGAAAUCAAGGCCUCGAAGGUUGAAUCGAAGCGUGUGGAGCCGGUUAUUGAGGAAGUCGAUGAAAAUGAUAUUGAAAUCGAAUGCUCCGUCGGUCCGUUGCGGAGGAGGAGCAGUAGAGAAGGCGGCGGACAUGGCGGUAAAAUGGCACUUGCGGGAGGAGAAAACCGUCCACCUCCACCUUCGAGCGAGAACCGUCGUGUUCACGCGCCGUCGCCUCAGGAUUCGACAUACGAUUAUUUGUUUUCGUUGGAAAAUAUGCCGGCUUCGACGUUGAGCGGUGUCGAGGAUUUUGGUACUAAUACAGAAGCGAUGGAGCGGAGAGCGGCGGGGUCGGAGAAAUCCGGCGAAGAACCGCCAUCGUCUUCGGUGGGGAAAACGUCGAAGAAGGUGAGACAAGUAGGUUUUCCGGGUUCGAGCGAAGGGAAAAGAAUUGUUAAAGGGAAUAUCAAUCUUCUGCAAAUCUUCAUGGAGCUAGAUGAUCAUUUUCUUAAAGCUUCAGAAAGUGCUCACGAGGUUUCGAAGAUGCUCGAGGCCACUCGGCUCCAUUUCCACUCAAAUUUUGCCGAUAAUCGAGGACACAUCGAUCAUUCUGCUAGAGUGAUGCGUGUUAUAACAUGGAACAGAUCAUUCAGAGGAUUACCCAACAAUGAUGAUUUGAAUGAUGAUUUUGAUACAGAGGAACAUGAAACUCAUGCCACUGUGUUGGACAAAUUGCUCGCUUGGGAGAAGAAACUAUUCGAGGAAGUGAAGGCAGGUGAAAUCAUGAAGUUUGAGUACCAAAAGAAGGUUGCUGCUCUGAACAAGCUGAAGAAAAAAGGCUCCAAUUUUGAAGCAGUUGAGAAAGCCAAGGCCACUGUCAGCCAUUUGCACACCAGAUACAUCGUUGACAUGCAAUCCAUGGAUUCCACUGUCUCCGAGAUCAACCGCAUUCGAGAUCAACAGUUGUAUCCUAAACUUGUUCAGCUUGUCAAUGGAAUGGCUAGUAUGUGGGAAACUAUGUAUUUUCACCAUGGAAGCCAGUUGAAGGUUGUGGCUGCUCUGAGAUUGCUGGAUAUCUCUCAGUCGCCCAAAGAAACAAGCGAUCACCACCAUGAGCGCACGGUGCAGCUUUGGGCCGUCGUGCAGGAGUGGCAUUCCCAAUUGGAGAAGCUUCUUAGCCGUCAGAAAGAUUACAUAAAGGCUCUCUCAAAUUGGUUAAGGCUGAAUCUGAUCCCUACAGAGAGCAGUCUAAAGGAGAAGGUUUCUUCCCCUCCAAGGGUCUGCAGCCCCCCAAUUAAAGGGCUCCUCCAUGCUUGGCAGGACCAUCUCGAGAAGCUCCCCGACGAGGUCCUCCGAAAUGCCAUAUUCACUUUCGCUACUGUGAUCAACACCAUAAUGCAGAGCCAGGAGGAGGAGAUGAAAAUGAAGGCAAAAUGUCAGGAGACUGAGAAGGAGCUGGCGCGGAAGAGUAGGCAAUUCAAGGACUGGCAGAAGAAGUAUGUGCAGCGGAGAACUGCCGAUGAAGCGAACGCAGAGGAAACGGGAGAUAAAGACGCUGUGGCGGAGAGGCAGGCCGUGGUCGAGGCAGUAGAGAAGAGGCUGGAGGAAGAAAGGGAAGAGUACCAAAGGGUAUGCGUCCAUGUGAGGGAGAAGUCAUUGGGGAGCUUGAAAAACCAGCUGCCAGAGCUGUUCAGGGCAUUGUCUGAGUUUUCGUUGGCUUGUUCACAAAUGUAUAGGCACUUGAAAUCAAUGUCACAGCCGCAGCCGCUGCCCUCCAGCAGGCCACAUAAUCAAACAACGGCACAAGGAGUUGCAAUUGCAACAUAAACACAGACGAAGAAGCAAGUUACUUAAAGGUGUUUCUCUUGAUUCUUCUUUUUUUCUAUCUCUUUUUGUCAUAGUACUGUACUGUUAAUUGUUAUUACAAAGUAUAAUGUGACACGAUUACAAAGAAAGUUUGGUAUAAAAAUGAAGCAAUUGAAGACAACCAAGUCGCGAGUUAA